GGUAAAGCAAAGAGAGAGAGAAGACAAGAAAAAGAGGAAGGAGUAGUACAGAGCAGCAUUUUCUUUCUUCCUCUCUCUCUCUUCAUAUGUUUUGUCUGUACUUGAUAUUCUGUAAAGAAACUCUAUUUUAUUAAAAGCCCUUUAUCCCACUCGGUGAGCGCGUGGAAGAUACCUGCUAGAGAGAGAGAAGCAGAUUUGGGUACAUCUUCUUUAAUCUCCGGCGGCAUCUUCUACGGCUGAGUUUCUGACGUACUCCAGCUACCUCCUAACAGUUGUACAGAUCCAGUGUGCCUGAGGACUCAGUUUCCUUCUGAAAUUGAUCACAAAAGGGUGAGUACAAAAGUGACUGUCUUUUGAUUGUGAUAGGUCAUGUGAAAAUGGGACCAAAAAUGAAUGAGCUCCGAGGCAGAAAGGUUCAAAAGAUUGAAAGUCCAGUUCCUGGAUGCUUAGGGAGGAUGGUUAACCUAUUUGAUCUCGGAACAGCUGUUAACGGGAACAAGAUGCUUACAGAUAAACCUCAUCGUGAUGGAUCCUCUCUGUCAAGGAGCCGAUCUGAUGUGUCUCGAAUGCCAAUCCCCUCCUAUAAAGGCCACUCAGAACCUGAAUUGAUUAUGUCUGAUUUAAGGAGAACUGCUUCUAGCAAAGCAAGUGGUACACCUAUGAAGAAGCUCAUUGCUCGAGAAAUGUCAAAAGAGGUCGAACCUAAGCAGAGUCCUACUAACGUGGUUGCGAAGUUAAUGGGUUUGGAGACGCUUCCCCAGACUGCUACACAGCGAAGCAAAUCCAGAGGCUAUUCACACUCUUCUAUGGAUGAUGAGAUCCAAAAGUAUCAGGAGCUCAGCAGAGAAUAUAAAGAUGUGUAUGAAACGUGGCAGUCCCCUCAGAAGGUGAGCUCUUCAAGGGAUAGCUCGCCUAGAAAAGGAAGAUAUGAUGAAAGCGCAACCGAGAAACUCGUUCGUCAAAAGUUUGCAGAAGCGAAACGACUUGUUACUGAUGAGAGUCUUCACCAAUCCAAAGAGUUCCAAGAGGCUCUCGAAGUUUUGAGCUCCAACAAGGAUUUGUUUGUUAAGUUGCUCCAGGAAUCAAAUUCUUUCUCUCAGCAAACUGUUCCUACUCAUCAGUCAGAGGCGAAACGCAUCACAGUGUUGAGACCUUCAAAGGCUGUUGAGACUGAGAGAUUUGUGGUUCAAGGGAGGAAGAACAAGCAGGUUAAGAAAGUGGUUUCUUCAUCAAGUGGAUGGGGAAACCGUGGAAACGAGGAAAGAACUGUACAACAGCCAACACGUAUCGUUGUCUUGAAGCCUAGUGUAGGGAAGACUCUAGAUAUGAAAGGUGUUUCAUCAUCCCCAUCCACUCCGAGAGGUUUGCCCAAUGAAGGCUAUUUUGAUGAUGUUGAUCAGUCUAAAGAAGUGGCAAAGGAGAUAAUGCAACAAGUGCGUGAGAAUCUGAUGUGUCACCACCGCAGGAAUGAGACUCAGUGCUCAUCUGUCUUGUCUAAUGGUUAUAUUGGUGAUGACAGCUCCUUUAACAAAUCUGAUAACGAAGAUCCAGUGGGUAACCUUAGUGAUUCUGAGAUCAUGUCACCAUGGGACUGUGCUAACAGGUUUGAAAGUCCUUUCUCUCCUUCCUCUUUCAGCCGAGCUUCAUUUUCUCCGGAGUCAUCUGUCUGCAGAGAGGCUAAGAAGCGACUUUCUGAAAGAUGGGCGUUGAUGUCAGUAACCAGAGGCAGCACUCAGCCGCAUAAACAAGUACCGAGAAGCUCCAGCACCUUGGGGGAAAUGCUUGCACUCUCAGAGACCAAAGUGACUACUGGAUCCUACGGAGAUAGUGAUGAGAUAGUACCGGAGACAAGGGUGUCAACAUCGUGUAUAAACACUCAUUUGAAUCAAGUGGAAAUGGGUAGUGAUUCUCUGAAUGUCCUUGCAAGGUCAAAAUCAGUCUCUGACGCUUCCAAAGCACAGCUUCCACAAGAGCUCACUGAUACGGGAAGCUUGAAGUCGUCUUGGAAAGUUUCUAACUUGUUCUCAUUCAAGAAUAAGAAAGCAAGCAAGGAGAAGAGAGAUGCAACGCCUUCUUCAGUGACACUUCCCAGCGAAGAAUGUCUCCCUCCUCAUGCAUUACAACAGCAAAGCAUAAUCCCAGGCGAGGAGGAACUGACUACACCUAGGCCCCUAGAAGCUGGGAAUACAAGUGAGAAACAGGACGAACCAAGUCCAGUUUCGGUUUUGUUUCCUCCAUUUGAAGAGGAUCCAGAAUGUUCCACGUCAAGCAAGCUAGGAGAGGAAAUGUCUCUUAAGUCUAAUCUAAUUGACAAAUCACCACCAAUCGGAUCAAUUUCUCGGAUUCUCUCAUGGGAUGAUGACUCUUGCACUGACAACAUAUCUAAACCCGCAAUGAGAGGAGUCCAUGAGGAUGAAGACUGGUUCUUAUUCAUAGAAACAAUAUUGACAGCUGCUGGUUUCAGCAAGGGUUGCACCCUCUCUCAUGACACGGUUAUGCCAAACAGUCCAUUAGACCCUUCACUCAGAGAGAAAUACACCAACCUAGAUAACAACAACAUCAAGGAGUUCGUUAACGAAGGAAAACGCAGACAACACAGGUCAACUCGUAAGCUCAUAUUCGACUGCAUUAACUCCAUGGUUUCAGAAACAACGACUACACGCAUGGGUAAAGAUUCUCCGGCUUUAGACUUGGUGGAGCGUGUCUGGUCCCAGAUAAAGGACUGGCUUUCAGAUGAGUAUGUAGAGGACAUGGACGCAAGCAGUGUGGCUGCAGAGAGUCUAGUGAAGGAGGAGAUCGUUGGGAGGAGAUGGAUGAAUAGCUUUCAAGGUGAAAUAAACGACCUUGGGAUUGGUAUUGAAAAGGCAUUGUUGCAGGAGCUCGUAGAGGAAGCCGUUCUAGAUUUUACACAAUGAGAGGAGAGGAGAACAAGUAACUACUACAUUGAAUAAAAAUGUAAGAUAAGUGUAGUUUUGUCUUAUGGGAAGAUUUGUGUCCAUUUUUUUUGUAAUGAUUUGAGAGAGAACUAAAUGCUAAAGCAGACUAAUAAUCACUUGAUCCCAUUUUAAACACAAA